AUGGAUUUCUGGCGGGAUUUUCUUGCAAGCGGUUGGGGCAAAGAAUUUGUGGCUGGGGGAUUUGGUGGAGUCGCGGGUGUUGUAGCGGGACACCCCCUUGAUACCGUUAGAAUCAUACAACAAAGUAGUAUGAACAAACCCGCAUUCCACAUCAUUAGGGAUGUUGUAGCUAGAGAAGGGCUAUUUGCCCUUUAUAAAGGCAUGGGUGCUCCGGUUGCCACCGUUAGCUUUCAGAACGCGUUAGUCUUUCAAUGUAACGCCACAUUAUCAAGAGCAUUCGACCGGUACAUCCCUGCCACAGAACCACCCUCAUAUGGAAGCGUUUUGCUAGGCGGCACGGGAGCCGGUGCAAUUCAAAGCCUCGUGAUCACGCCAAUCGAACUCAUAAAAAUCAGGUUACAACUCGAAAACCAAAACACCCCCCAAAAAACCAAAAGUGGGCCAUCAACUUUAGUCAAACACAUCAUACGGGCCGAAGGCUAUAAAGGCAUGUUCCAAGGGUUCACCGUCACCGUAAUAAGAGACGCGCCCUCAUACGGCGCGUAUUUCUGGACAUACGAAUACGUAAGGGAGAAACUUCACCCGGGUUGCCGGAAAACCGGUCGACAAAACUUGAUGACCAUGGUGGUCGCCGGAGGACUCGCCGGACUUGCGAGUUGGGUGUGUUGUUAUCCCGUGGAUGUGGUUAAAACUAGACUUCAAGCUCAAACACCUAAUUCUCCGGUGAAGUAUGCCGGAAUCGUGGAUUGUUUCCGGCAAAGCGUUAGAACCGACGGCGCCGGAGUUUUAUUCCGGGGACUUGGAAGUACACUUUUUAGAGCCUUUAUUGUUAAUGGAUCAGUUUUUACAGCAUAUGAAAUGGCUUUAAGAUGUAUUUUUAAUAACAAUGAGUUAACAUGA